AUGACCACCGGAAACUGGAUCAGCGUCCUGACCCAGUCCAUACGGACUGCCAGCCCGGAGAAGGGGUCGACCACGCAGCCGCCAGCGGCGCCCGCCACGCCCGGGCCCCUGCUGGCGUCUGUUGAUUCGCUGGCCAGCCCGACUCUCGAUGUGGGCCUGGACCGCCAAGGGCAGCCGCCCGGCACCUCGGGGCCCGGGCAUAAGAUGCCGCCUGGCCAUGGGCAAGCCCGCUGGGCGGAGCAUCCCCCAUGCCGGGAGCCGGCCGCGCCCGGGGCCGACACCGAGUGUGACAGUGAUGCCGAUGAGGGCCGGCCCCUUCUGCAGCCGGCCACCCCGGCCCGGGCGCCGAGUACACCCCGCACCGGGGCAAGCACAUCCACCGGGCGCAGUCGGCGCGGAAGUGCAACCAGCCGCGCGGGCGACUGCCCGCCGGCCGCCACGGCGCCCUUCAUCAGCCCGGCACUCUGGCCGGGGGGCGAUGACUUCCCGCCUGGGGCUGGUGGAUCCACCGGGCCGGGGGCCACCGGCGCCGGUGACGGCAGCCGCGGCCCCGGCGACAGCCUCUGGCUCAAUUCCGAGUUUGUCAUGUACUUUGGCGACCGGCAUCCCCUGUCCGAGGGCCUGGCCGCCGGGCAAUCGCGCUAUCGUCUGCAGGAGGACCAUGUCGCUUACCGGGUGUGUGUCUUCUUCAUUCGCCUGCUGUUGGCCUUGGGUGCUCUGGCCGGGCUUGGGUGCAUGUCCAUCGGCGCGUGGACGGCCCUCGGCCAUCGAACGCUGGAGCCCCUGCCGGCGGCUGUCCUGCUGGCCCGCAUGGGGGCCCUGUUGACCAUGGUCGGCGGGAUGCUGGCCGCGGCGGGCAUGCUUUCCAUCAGCAAAAUCAGCCGGCUGAUCAAGCGCCGACUUGAGUCCAGCGUCACGCGGUGCCCCGUGGAGACAGACCUUGAGGAGGAGGAGGAGGAAGAGGAAGAGCACGGGGCUGCCCUGGCACAAGAGCAGGCGGAUGCCCUGGCCGGCGAGGAGGCGUGUCGGUGUGCGGAGUUCUCGAUCAACACCACUGCCGGGGGCGGCCCGGGCUUGGAGGCUGGGGCCUGUGCCGGCUGCCUCAAAACCGUCAUGGUCCCCCGGGGCGGCGUCCGGAGGGCACUCCCCCCGGUGGCGUCGCUGGGCGUGGAUUCGGCGCUCACGUCCACCGGCGGAAGUACCGGCUGCUCGGAUAGUUCCGAAGACCUGCUCAUGAUGUCGGGGUCCAUGGAUUUCGAGGCACCCUCGGCAGGCGGCCCUGGUGCUGUGUGCCGCCCCUCCGAUGGCGAUGGCGGGAUCAACCCUCCGGGCGGCCUUAACAUGUGCAAGGAAGCGCAGUACCUUGCACGCAAGGUGGCUCCCCUGGAAGCUGGCUCGAAUCAUGUUUCCGUCAGCGCUCGGAACCCCCAGGCCACCCUGGCUGAGCUGGAUGCCGCGGGGGGUCCCUUGCUGCAUGGUGAAUCGCCCGAUGCCGGGGACACGGCCCGCGGCCUGGCCAAGACCACCAAGGUCAUGAUCAUGGAAGCGCGCUUGACCAACCGCUACCUGAAUUUGUUGAUCAUUCUGCUGACAUCGAUGGUCUGUGUGGCGGUCAUUGUCGGCUUGACGGCAGGGUGGAACAUCUACCAGCAGGAGAUCUCCCAGAUCGACAUUACCAUGAGCGAAAUCUGGGACAAACUCCCGGUCCCGGUGCGCGGUUUUGUUCAGGAAAGGCUUGACUGCUGUGGCAUGCUUGUUCCCGAUGAUCGGCCAGCCCCGAGUCCAGAGUGUCGUCCCGGAGGUAGCCGUCCUGAACCGCCUGGCAGUCCGAGCCCUCUGCCGGAGGUGGUGGCCUGCUCGGACCGGGUUAAGUUCAUGCUCAGUCGGCAUGACCGGGCCGUGCAUGCGAUGUUUGCCCUCGGCGGCCUGUCGGCCAUGCUAAUUGGCUUUGCCUGCGUCGGAUUUAUCCUCUUCUUCGUGGUGUUCUCCCGUCGAGGCCGGGUUGUGGCCAAUGCCCAGCGCUGA